AUGCUCGUGAUUGACGCGAGCAGCGUGUGCGACAUCUGCUUCGAGGACUUUACCGUGGACGACGUCGAGAGCGCGAAGACGCCGAGCAGCAUCACCUGCGGGCACGUCAUAUGCGCGAGCUGCAUUCGCGGUUUCGCGGAGAACAGGUGCCCGUUUUGUCGCAAGAGCUUUGCGAAGGCGCGCGUCACGAAGCUGAGGGUCGAACAUGCCCCGCCCAGACGGCCAGAGUCGCGGUCGCGCGAGAAGGCGCCGCCGUGCGGCUGCUCGGGAAAAUUCAAGGGCAAGCCGGAUGCGAAGGACGAGGGCGUUCAUACGCGGAUAAACGCCGCAGCCUCGCCACCGCCCACGAAGGCGACAGACGAGCAUGACGUCGAGGCGCGCGAGCUUUUGGCCGAACUUUGGAACGCGUUUUACGAGGUGCCUCCGGGCCCGCGGUACUGCGACGCUCUGAAGAAGGCCCAGAGAUGGCUGGCAGAUCCUAGCCAUUCCGAUAAAGCGCUGGCCGCCUCCGUCGGCACCUUGCUCGGCCAUGAUGUCUUGUUGGGCUACUGGAAGGACGGAUACCAUGCCGAAAAUCGCGAGCGCAUCACCUGGGAGAACCGGUUUUCAGAGGUUUGCAUAUCGAACACCGCGUAUCACGAGCGCGUGUAG